AUGGAGCAGGCUUCGUUUGGGGUCGGCCUGGUUGACACGGUAGCUCAGGACGCAGACGAGGUUGGCUUCUCCGGCUUGGACUUUCUCGCUUCUCAGGUGCUGCCCCUGACUGCGGGAUCUGCAGUGGUCGAGGUCCAGAUGAAGCCAGAGGCUGCCAGUGGCAACUACGAGCUUGCCUUGCUUGCAUACGUCCAGGCGCUGCUGAAGUCCAAGCAUCAGACGUGGAUUGAACUUCCACCCGAGCUUCGCCCGAAGUGGUGGAGGGAGAAGUUCGCCCGGCACAUUGCGUUGCUACCAGAGUUUCCUGGAAGCUGGUUUCCCAAGCGCAAGCUUUUGGUGUCAACGACGACGUUACUCGGUCAGGGCCAAACCUUCUGGGACGAGCUCACUGCUCUCGUCGAUGUUGAGCCUCCUGCGCCCGUGUUUUCAGAGUGUUAG